AUGAUUUUCUGUCAAGUAGCCAUUGUUGUAAUUGUGGGCGUAUUCGGUACAAGGUCCAUUGAUGCGGCACCCUAUAGCCAUGGAUUUGUUCUGAAUCAAAAAUACUCUGCACUCAUUGAAGGUUCCAUGGAUGUACAGGCCGAUCCCUGUGAUGAUUUUUAUCAAUACGCCUGUGGCAAAUGGGAGGAGUAUCAUGAGAGAACCUACAAUGGCCGGAAUCAAAUGCUAUCCAUGACCGAUUAUGAAGUGAAUCGCGAAUUGGCCCAACUGCUGAAUACCAUGAGCCUAAGACGCCAGCCGAUGUUUGUUAAGAAGGUCCAUGCGUUCUAUAAAUCCUGUAUACGGGUUCAACAAUUUGAUCAUUUCUCAUAUUUGGAUUGGAUCAAGGAGCGAGAAAAUCUAAAAUUACCGAAAUUGUGGACAGGACGUAGUAGCCGAUCGCACAAUGAUUGGGUCCACACUUUGGCCAUAAUGCGUAGAUAUGGUUUGAAUGGGAUUUUCAUUGAAGAAAUAAUGAUACAUCGCAGAGAUGAUAAUACCAAAGCGAUUAUCGAUUUGGACAAGCCCGUAGAGGGUAGGGGUUUUGUCCCAUUGAGCUAUGAAAAUCUGCAGGAUUUACUCCAACAUUUGGAUAUGCCGGCAAAUGUAAAAACAUUUGAAAAACUUUGGCAAGACAUACAGGAAUUUGAACAACGUCUGAGGGAGUUACAGGACAUUGAAGACGAGGAGGGUACCCGAUUGGUGAAGGUCAAGAAUUUACGCCUACCUUGGUUGCAUCGCUAUUUGGCAACAAUAUUGGAUUAUACAAUCCUGGAUACGAACAUGGAAUUGUAUAUACAAAAUCUCGAAUAUAUGGACAAGUUAAAUGAGCUAUUGAAAAAUUACAGCAAUCAUUUUAUAAAUCGCUACUUAGAAGUACGAUUCCUAUGGCAUUUACAGCAAAAGGGUCCGAGGAAAUUCGAGCCGGUGGAAUGUGUGGACACCCUUAGAAAUCUAAUGCCAUUGGCAAUGCAUUGGUUGUAUCGGCAACAACAUCCCGAAAUCCCUGAAUAUUCGGAGGGCAUACAGGAAAUUUUUGGUAAUAUUGUGCGGAAUUUUAAGCAAAGCUUGAGCGGCAAUCAUUUACAGUUCAAUUCCAGCCUUUUGACAUAUUUAACACAAAAAUUGGAUAACAUCCAAUUGAAAAUCGGUAACUUGCCUCAACAAAAUGCCAAAGAGAUUUUGGAAUAUUUCUAUGAUGAUGUGAUAUUGAGUCCCAUAGACUUUUAUGGAAACCACUUGAAGCUGUUGAACUUCAAUUUCAAGGCCGUCCAUUCCAAUCAUCCCAAUACUCUGACAACAAAUAUAAGUCAGUUUUUCAAUUUAGAAAUUUACGGUGAAGGUAGCAGUUCCUCACCCUAUUUCCUAACCAGAGCCAAUGUGAUAAUUGUGCCCUUUACCACGCUACGCCUGCCACUCUAUCACCCUCAAUAUGAAAACAUUUAUAAAUACAGUUCUCUGGGUAGUACUCUGGCUCAUGAAAUAUUUCAUGGUUUCGAUCGUAUAGGCCUCUACGUCGAUUAUCGAGGUAAAAUGAAUGCCUGGCAAUACACCACCGCCUUGGCCACACCCAAAUUUGCCGGAAACUAUAAUUGUCUAGGAGAACUCUAUCCCGAUGUGGUGGAUGAGAAAAUUUCCGAUAUUAGUGGGUUGCGUUAUGCGUUUCGGACAUUUUUUGAAAACUUCCCAAAUGCCAGCGUCGAAGCGAAAUAUCUAAGGGGCCAAGAAAUGUCUUAUAAGAAAAUAUUUUUCCUAAAUUUUGCCCAACUAUUUUGUGAUCCGAAUAUCUCAGACGCUGAACAUGGUGAGGUUAGUGAUCGUAUCAAUGAUGCCCUAGCACAUUUUACGGAAUUCUCAAAAGCAUUCCAAUGUUCGCGUCAAAGUCGUAUGCUACUCCAAGAAAGGUGUCAGGUGUGGUGA